UGUAGUUGUAUCAUUUUCACGAUUUCAACUUAAAGUAGAUUGAAUCUGAAGAUCAACAGGAUGUAGAAGAUGGCGAUGUAGUUCUUGUUUCCUUCAAACAGAUGGUUGCUUUUUCGUUCCUGACAGAAGAUCUUUCUCUGCGAACUGCUGAUCUUGCUUGCGUCUGUGACACGUCGACCAACGCGAAUAACUAACUGGAGGCUCCACAAGCACAAAAUUACUCCGCCACGCUCAACACCAAGGAGCGCAUUGUUACAAGAGCGAAGGAACUCAAUGGCUCUCCGAGUAUGUUUUGCUUUUCCGAGCAAGCUGCCCGACCGGGCAGAAAUGAUCGACAUACUAGCAGAAGCAGGCUACACGCCUUGCCGAAUAUCCCAAUGGUCUCAGGUUGACCGAAGACUCGUCGUUACUUUUCCGACGAAGGCCACGGGAGCUAAACUCGUAUUCAAGAACUCAGUGUGUAACUCUAGUAUAUCGUUCUUGUGGUCGUCGUCGUCAACAUGAAGUAGAUUGCAAAUUGGAUUGUUUGAUGUGGCCGCAUUUAGACUUACUAAUGUCGCGCGGCUUCGUUGAGCGAGCAGUAAGUACAAGCAGACAAAAUUUCAGUGCAUCCAUCCAGUAAGUAUCUUCACUUUCAAAAGAUGAUAAUAGUAUGAGCUUUCGAACACGAACUUUCUUGUUUUCACUACAGCUCGAGGAUUAUUCCCUUGGUCGUGGGACACUCAAGUUAGGGUCUUAUGCACGCUUCAAGGUCGCAGCUUACAAUCCAGAUGUUCCAUGCAUUUGGACCGCUUCUGACGAUAAAUUCUUCCCUGUGACAUCGAGACCCCAAGCGCCGGCUCCUCUGAUGUAUAAUUACUACUUAAGUAUUUCCAUUUCCCUUGAUCUCGCAGUUGCGCUAGAAACUAAUAGAAGACGAGGCAGGCGGGACCAUGUAUUUGUAAUUCUGUCCAUUAGAUCGUUAAAGUUGGUAGAGAAAAAUCAAUUCCUUUUCUGCUUCUUAACUGUAAUCUUAUCAUUAUUGUGAAUACCGUUUUUAGAACACGUCCGGGCCCGGACGGCAGCACGGCGAACAACAGAGGAAGAUGCGGAAGUGCGCAGUCUGCUGGAAGCAAGUCGAAAUCGGCUGCCGGAUGUGGAGGUAGUAAAAGCCGUGCAGUUGGUGUUGGAAGUAAAAGUCCUGACCCUGUUACAAAUUUGGGUCGCGAAGGAAAUCUUUUGAGUCCUUGUUCUGGAAACGGUCCCCGACGUGGGGCUGGUGGGUUCAGUAGCAGGAGACUGGACUUUGUGAGCAAGGCGAAUAACCAAGUAAUUCCCGCCGUGAGCGGGGGGGGGACGAUCACCCUGAAGGCGAAUGAUCGGGCACGAAAGCAAAGCGGAAGUCCCUCUCGGUCUCGUUCCAGGGAUCGAUCAAA